AAAAAAAGGGACAAAAGAAGUAAUUACGGAUGUAGUAGUAAGAGUGACAAACCAGUCACCAACUCCUCAACCUUUCUCUGGCUCUAUAAAUACACCAAACGCUUCCUACUUAUUUGCUCGCCUUCUCCUAUCUUUAUACCUUACACUUGGUGGUUGGAACUCAUCUCUACCAAGGACUCUCUAAUGGCUUCUGGUAUGGCAUCUCACAUUGUUGGAUACCCCCGUAUGGGACCAAAGAGAGAGCUCAAAUUUGCCCUUGAAUCUUUCUGGGAUGGUAAGAGCAGUGCUGAGGAUUUGAAAAAGGUGGCCGCUGAUCUCAGAUCAUCCAUCUGGAAGCAGAUGGCUGAUGUCGGUAUCAAGUACAUUCCUAGCAACACCUUUGCUUACUACGACCAGGUCCUUGAUACCACUGCCAUGCUUGGUGCUGUUCCUCCAAGAUAUGGGUGGAAUGGUGGUGAGAUUGGAUUUGAUGUGUACUUCUCCAUGGCCAGAGGAAAUGCCUCUGUUCCUGCUAUGGAAAUGACAAAGUGGUUUGACACCAACUACCAUUACAUUGUUCCUGAGUUGGGCCCAGAUGUAAACUUCUCUUAUGCUUCUCACAAGGCUGUGGACGAAUACAAGGAGGCCAAGGCUCUUGGAGUUGACACUGUCCCAGUUCUUGUUGGACCAGUUUCUUAUCUGUUGUUGUCCAAGCCUGCUAAGGGUGUUGAGAAAUCAUUCUCUUUGCUCUCUCUUCUUCCCAAGAUUCUUGUUAUAUACAAGGAAGUCAUUUCUGAACUCAAGGCUGCUGGUGCUUCUUGGAUUCAAUUAGAUGAGCCUCUUCUUGUGAGGGAUCUUGAUGCUCACCAAUUGCAAGCUUUCACUGAUGCUUACGCCGAAUUAGAAUCUACUUUCUCUGGUUUGAACGUUGUUGUAGAGACUUACUUUGCUGAUGUUACCCCAGAGGCGUACAAAACCCUUGUCUCUUUAAAGGGUGUCACUGGAUUUGGGUUUGAUUUGGUUCGUGGUACAAAGACCUUGGAUUUGAUUAAGGGUGGAUUCCCAUCAGGCAAAUAUCUUUUUGCUGGAGUUGUUGAUGGAAGGAACAUCUGGGCUAACGACCUUGCUUCUUCCCUUGCUACUCUGGAAGGUCUUGAGAGCAUUGUUGGAAAAGACAAACUUGUUGUUUCCACUUCCUGCUCACUUCUUCAUACUGCUGUUGAUCUUGUUAACGAGACUAAGCUUGAUGAUGAAAUCAAGUCCUGGCUUGCAUUUGCUGCCCAGAAAGUUGUUGAAGUCAAUGCUUUGGCCAAGGCUUUGGGUGGUCAAAAAGAUGAGGCCUUCUUCUCUGCAAAUGCUGCUGCUCAGGCAUCAAGGAAGUCUUCCCCAAGGGUUAACAAUGAAGCAGUCCAAAAAGCUGCUGCUGGAUUGAAGGGCUCAGACCACCGUCGUGCAACAAAUGUUAGUGCCAGACUCGAUGCUCAGCAGAAGAAGCUUAACCUUCCUAUUCUCCCUACCACUACCAUUGGAUCCUUCCCACAGACUGUGGAGCUUAGGAGAGUGCGUCGUGAAUACAAGGCCAAGAAGAUUUCUGAGGAAGAGUAUGUUAAGGCCAUCAAGGAGGAGAUCAGCAAGGUUGUCAAGCUCCAAGAAGAGCUUGACAUUGAUGUUCUUGUGCACGGAGAGCCAGAGAGGAAUGAUAUGGUUGAAUACUUUGGGGAGCAAUUGUCUGGUUUUGCCUUUACCGUGAAUGGUUGGGUGCAAUCUUAUGGUUCUCGCUGUGUGAAGCCUCCAAUUAUCUAUGGUGAUGUCAGCCGCCCCAACCCAAUGACCGUGUUCUGGUCAUCCGCUGCUCAAAGCAUGACUUCACGUCCAAUGAAGGGUAUGCUUACCGGGCCAGUUACCAUCCUCAACUGGUCUUUUGUCAGAAAUGAUCAACCCAGGCACGAAACUUGCUACCAGAUUGCUUUGGCCAUCAAGGAUGAGGUGGAAGAUCUUGAAAAGGCUGGUAUCAAUGUCAUCCAAAUUGACGAGGCUGCUUUGAGAGAAGGUUUGCCACUCAGGAAGUCUGAGCACGAAUUCUAUUUGAAGUGGGCUGUCCACUCUUUCCGUAUCACCAACGUUGGUGUCCAAGACACAACCCAGAUUCACACUCACAUGUGCUACUCUCACUUUAACGACAUCAUCCACUCUAUCAUCGACAUGGAUGCCGAUGUCAUCACCAUUGAGAACUCCCGAUCCGACGAGAAGCUACUCUCAGUUUUCCGUGAGGGAGUCAAGUAUGGUGCUGGUAUUGGCCCUGGUGUCUAUGACAUCCACUCUCCUAGGAUUCCACCAACCGAAGAAAUUGCUGACCGUAUCAGGAAGAUGCUUGCAGUUUUGGAGUCCCAUGUCUUGUGGGUAAACCCUGACUGUGGUCUCAAAACCCGUAAGUAUGCAGAGGUUCAGCCUGCUUUGUCUAAUAUGGUUGCUGCUGCCAAGCAGUUGCGUCAAGAGCUUGCCAGUGCCAAGUAAACGGUUUUAUAAAGGUGGCAAAAGAAUAUACUAUCUUGAGCUUGUCGGAUUUGUUCGUUAUAUCAUUAAUGUGUUUCGAUUUCAGAACAAUUGAAUUAGAAAAAUUAGCUGAGGCCUGACUGCCUGAGUAAAGUAUGUAGGCUCUUUUGAGGAUGCUUAUUUAGUUUUGUUUCUGGUUUUGAAAGUUUAGUUUUGCGAAUAUCUUCACCUCUCAGCCUUGGAGAGUUUGUGUCCUUUAGUGGCUAUCAAUGAGGAUAUUUGGGCUACUGGGUACCUUUACAAUUACCUAAGAUGAUUUGAGGCAUGCCUUUUUCAUCGAUUUGGCUUUUAUUGUAAUUUCUAAAGCAAGCUUGUGGCAGAAAAAAUGUGUUGUAUUGAAAUAUUGUUGAUUGGAGAGCUUCGGCAAAAUUACCUUUCUAGCAA